UUUGUUCCUUCCCCGUGACAACUCACAGACUCUCUCUGGAUGUAAAUUAAAGAGCCGGUAUACAAAUUUUCUGUCUUUCUUUCUUUCAAAGAAUCAGGUUAUUUUGGGUUUUUGUUUCUUCAGAAAUGGAGAAGAAAACCAGUAUGGAGAACAGCAGCAAGAAGAAGAAAGUUGGGUCAAUUAGGUCCAUUUUCAUGCACGCCGACGGCGUUGAUAUAUGUUUGAUGGUGCUUGGGUUCAUCGGGUCCGUCGGUGAUGGGUUCAAUACUCCAGUGGUGUUGCUCGUCACAAGUAAAUUGAUGAACAACAUCGGUAGCUCAUCAGACCCAAAUGCUUUCACCCACAGCAUUAACAAGAAUGCAGUGGUUUUAUUGUAUGUGGCUUGUGCAUCAUGGGUUGUAUGUUUUCUAGAGGGAUAUUGUUGGACAAGAACAGGGGAGAGACAGGCUACAAGAAUGAGAGCAAAAUAUUUGAAAGCUGUGUUAAGACAGGAUGUAGGCUACUUUGAUUUACAUGUCACAAGUACUGCAGAGGUCAUCACAAGUGUCUCCAAUGAUAGUCUCGUAAUUCAAGAUGUUAUAAGUGAAAAGGUACCGAACUUUUUGAUGAACUGCUCCUUAUUUUUUGGGAGUUACGUGGUUGGAUUUAUAAUGCUAUGGAGACUGGCGAUUGUGGGUUUUCCAUUUGUUGUCCUUCUAGUGAUUCCUGGUCUGGUUUAUGGAAGGACUUUGAUGGAGAUCGCUAGAAAGAUCAGAGUGGAAUACAACAAGGCAGGGACAAUAGCAGAGCAGGCAAUAUCUUCAGUCAGAACAGUUUACGCCUUUGUUGGCGAAAAGAAAACCACCACUGAAUUCUCCGAAGCUCUACAAUGGUCAGUGAAACUGGGUCUGCGACAAGGUCUGGCGAAAGGUCUUGCCAUUGGAAGCAAUGGCGUCACUUUCGCUAUCUGGGCUUUCAUGUGUUAUUAUGGCAGCAGAAUGGUGAUGUACCAUGGCGGACAAGGAGGAACAGUGUUCGCCGUUGGCGCUGCAAUUGCUGUUGGUGGACUGGCAUUGGGUGCGGGUCUAUCCAACUUGAAGUACUUCUCCGAAGCAUUCUCAGCUGGAGAAAGAAUAAUUGAAGUAAUGAGGAGAAUACCCAAAAUUGAUUCAGAAAACAUGGAGGGUGAGACCCUAGAGAAUGUGACAGGUGAAGUGGACUUCAGGCACGUAGAAUUCGCAUACCCAUCAAGACCAGAGAGCAUAAUCUUCAAAGAUUUUUGUCUCAAAAUUCCGGCGGCGAAGACGGUAGCAUUGGUGGGUGGUAGUGGGUCUGGAAAGUCCACAGUGAUUGCUCUGUUGCAGAGAUUUUACGACCCACUUGGAGGUGAAAUACUGCUGGAUGGGGUGGCUAUUGACAAGCUGCAGCUCAAGUGGGUUAGAUCCCAGAUGGGUUUGGUGAGUCAGGAGCCUGCACUGUUUGCUACAUCGAUCAAAGAGAACAUACUUUUUGGCAAAGAAGAUGCCACAAUUGAUGAGGUGGUUGAUGCUGCAAAAGCUUCCAAUGCUCAUAAUUUCAUCUCACAGUUGCCUCUCGGUUAUGAUACUCAGGUCGGUGAAAGAGGAGUUCAAAUGUCAGGAGGACAAAAGCAGAGAAUCGCAAUCGCCAGGGCAAUAAUCAAGGCCCCCCGAAUCCUUCUCCUCGACGAAGCCACCAGCGCGUUAGACUCCGAAUCGGAAAGAAUCGUACAAGAGGCGCUCGACAAGGCAACCGUAGGCCGGACCACCAUAGUCAUCGCCCACCGCCUCUCCACCAUCCGCAACGCUGACGUCAUUGCCGUAGUCCAGAACGGUCAGGUCAUGGAGACCGGGUCCCACGACGAGUUAAUCCAAAACGACGACGGUUUAUACACGUCCUUAAUUCGUCUACAACAGACGAACAAACAAGACGACAUUUACAAUCCCUCUUCCUCGAUUUCGAAUCUGGAUAUGAACAACAGCAGCAGUCGCAGACUUUCAUUUGUAAGCCGUUCGAGUUCCGCGAAUUCAAUGGCACCGAGUCGUAUUUCACUGAGCGGAGGAGAAGGAUUUUGGAUCGAAGAGCAAAAGUACCCUGUCCCGUCAUUUCGGAGACUAUUGGCUAUGAACCUUCCAGAGUGGAAACAAGCGUGCUUGGGAAUUUUCAGUGCGACAUUAUUCGGUGCGGUACAACCACUCUAUGCAUUCGCGAUGGGGUCCAUGAUUUCUGUGUAUUUUCUUCCAAGUCAUGACGAGAUUAAGAAGAAGACCAGAUUCUAUGCACUGUGCUUCUUGGGCUUGUCUGUUUUGUCCUUGCUCAUCAAUGUUGGGCAGCAUUACAAUUUUGCUUAUAUGGGUGAGUUCUUGACUAAGAGGAUUAGAGAACGCAUGCUCUCCAAAAUUCUAACUUUCGAAGUGGGGUGGUUCGACCAAGAUGAGAAUUCUACUGGUGCUGUCUGCUCUCGACUUGCUAAAGAUGCCAAUGUGGUGAGAUCGCUGGUGGGGGAUAGAAUGGCUCUCGUUGUACAAACCAUAUCAGCCGUCACAAUAGCAUUUACAAUGGGCCUGGUCAUUGCAUGGAGGCUGGCUAUUGUGAUGAUAGCGGUCCAGCCCAUCAUCAUAGUUUGCUUCUACGUUCGUCGAGUCUUGCUAAAGAGUAUGUCGCAGAAGGCAAUUAAGGCCCAAGACGAAUGCAGCAAAGUUGCAGCCGAGGCCGUCUCCAAUCUCCGAAUCAUCACCGCCUUCUGUUCACAAGGCCGAAUCAUGCAGAUGCUCCAAAAGGCCGAGGAGGGCCCAAGACGUGAGGCUAUAAAACAAUCUUGGUAUGCGGGCCUUGGGCUUGGGUUUUCGCAAAGCCUAACAUCUUGUACUUGGGCCUUGGACUUCUGGUAUGGUGGGAAGCUCAUUUCAGAAGGCCACGUCACUCCUAAAGAGCUCUUCCAGACCUUUAUGAUUUUGGUGAGUACGGGUCGGGUCAUAGCCGACGCUGGAAGCAUGACCACGGACCUCGCUAAAGGCUCCGACUCUGUCGGGUCCGUGUUUGCUGUAUUGGACCGGGUCACAAAAAUUGAGCCCGACGACCCAGAAGGGUACCGGCCCGAGAGAAUAAAGGGCCAUGUAGAGUUAAAAUAUGUGGACUUCGCGUACCCGGCUAGGCCCGAUGUGAUGGUCUUCAAUGGAUUCUCGAUCAAGAUCGAAGCAGGGAAAUCAACGGCGUUGGUUGGACAGAGUGGGUCCGGGAAAUCGACCAUCAUUGGAUUAAUCGAGAGAUUCUAUGAUCCACUCAGGGGCACAGUAAACAUCGACGGCAAAGACAUUAGAUCGUAUAAUCUACGGUCGGUUAGGAAGCACAUCGCACUUGUCAGUCAAGAACCGACGUUGUUCGCCGGAACUAUAAGAGAGAAUAUUGUAUACGGAGCGUCCAAUAAAGUCGAUGAAUCGGAGAUCAUCGAAGCAGCGAAGGCAGCGAACGCUUACGAUUUCGUUUCAGGAUUAAAGGACGGGUUCGAGACAUAUUGCGGGGACAGAGGAGUGCAGCUCUCAGGAGGCCAGAAGCAACGCAUUGCGAUAGCGCGUGCGAUACUUAAAAACCCGGCAGUGUUACUAUUAGACGAGGCUACCAGUGCGCUUGAUAGUCAGUCAGAGAAAGUGGUGCAAGACGCGCUUGAGCGCGUGAUGGUGGGGAGGACUAGUGUGGUAGUCGCUCACAGAUUAAGUACAAUACAGAACUGUGAUCUGAUUGCUGUGUUGGAUAAAGGGAGAGUGGUGGAGAAAGGGACCCACUCCUCUUUGUUGAGUAAGGGUCCCACAGGAGCUUACUACUCUCUCGUCAACCUUCAAAGGACACCAUCGCAGUCACAUAUGACAUAAGUCAAAGAGAGGAAGAGCUGGGAAAAAUAAUAUCUGAAGAGAAGUGGAUCUUUGUAUAAUAUGAGAGCUUCAAGACUCGAGUGCAGAGUCAUAGAGAGAACCAAGAAUUAAACUCUCAUUGUCUUUGUGAUCAAAAUAAGCGUAACGUUAUAAUUUUGUAAUAAAUUUGUUAAUAUUUUCUAUGUUCAAAGUUCAAUAUCAACAUUAUUUGCAUCCCAUAA